UGCAGGGAGAAGGUUCUCAAAUCUCAACUGGGGAAUCUUUAAUUUUGUACAGAAUCGGUGCUUCAUUGCCGUUCUACGCAGUGUUUGUUCUCUCUUCACCUUCAACUCUCGCGAUUCAGAAAUCAAACACCAAACUUCAUAAAUCUCUUAGUUUCUGUUAAUCAAAAAAUCCACCACUUCCCCAUCAAACUCCAUUAAAAUGAGGUACAGAUUCUACCGUCUCAACCCAAUACUUCAAUCCUUCUACACCAGGCUUUCCUCCGCAACCCACCAGGAAUUUCAUUCAAUUCCGCCAAUCCAAUCCCUCAAUCUUCAACCCCAGAACUCACUAUUGGGAAUCUACGACGAUCCGAAGAACAGAAUCUCCAGACGGUGGCAUUUGGGCCACGCCCACCGCCACGACGACCACCAUCGAUUCGGCGAAGAGGGCGAGAGUAUAUUCAAGCUGGGUCUCGGCGCUGACAUUGCCUUGGCUGCGGGGAAGGCUGUGACGGGUUAUUUGUCAGGAAGCACAGCCAUCAUCGCCGAUGCGGCUCAUUCAGUGUCUGAUGUGGUUCUUAGUGGCAUCGCUUUAUGGUCGUUUAAAGCUGCAAAAGCUCCUAAAGACAAGGAGCACCCAUAUGGACAUGGUAAAUUUGAGACUCUGGGAGCCCUUGGAAUCUCUUGCAUGCUUUUAGCAACUGCUGGUGGCAUUGCUUGGCAUGCUUCAGAACUUUUACUGGGCUUGCUGUCAGCUGCUCCUGAAAUAGUUAAUCAGCCGUUGGGACAUGAUGAUUUGCAUAACCAUAGCCAUGGUGGACAUCAUCACGGGAUCGACAUGGACCAUCCUAUUCUAGCCUUGAAUAUGACUCUUGUAUCAAUAUCUAUCAAAGAAGGGCUUUAUUGGAUAACAAAGCGAGCUGGGGAAAAACAAGGUAGCGGACUCAUGAAAGCAAAUGCAUGGCAUCAUCGGGCUGAUGCUAUAUCAUCAGUAGUUGCGCUCAUUGGCGUUGGAGGUUCUAUUCUCGGGGUGAAGUUUCUAGAUCCCUUAGCUGGACUCGUUGUCUCGGGCAUGAUUCUGAAGGCUGGACUUGGAAGUGGACACCAAAGCAUCUUGGAAUUAGUGGAUGCUGCAAUUCCAGCAGAUCAGAUAGAGCCUGUCAGACGAACAAUACUGCAAGUUGAGGGUGUCAUGGGCUGCCAUCGCCUUAGAGGAAGGAGAGCUGGUUCUUCUUUGUAUCUCGAUGUGCAUAUUGAGGUUGAUCCUUUUCUGAGUGUCAGUGCUGCUCAUUGUAUAGGUGAAAAUGCUCGUCGAAAGAUUCACACAUCACAUCCUGAAGUAUCUGAAGUUUUUAUACAUAUAGAUCCCUCAAUUUCACAUUUCCAACACAGUUUAUCGGACUGGCAAGAAGGCUCGAUCGGAACUUUAAAUCAGAGUACAGAUACCCUGCUGAACGAGAAGAAAAUUGAAUCCAUGAUUUCCAGAAUCAUCCAGUCACAAUUUCCUGAGAAAAUGGUUGUUGAACGCAUUACACCCCACUUGUUGCAAGGCAAGAUUCUGCUAGAAAUCGAGGUCUCCAUGCCUCCCGACUUGCUAGUUCGAAAUGCAAUGGAAGUAGCAAGAGUAGCAGAGAUGCAGAUCCUGAAGGCAGCCUCAAACAUAGUUCAUGUUAGCAUUCAGCUGCGUUUGGGGCAUAGAAUUCCACAGCUAAGCCACCAGGCAAAAUUUUAAAAUGCGACUUUUUAUUAGACUUCUCAUGUUUCAUAGCUAAAUUUUUAUUGGGGGUGACAUCAUUUGACCCCAUUACCUAUAGAUUUUUUCUUGGAAUCUCUCCUAUGAGAAAGAGAGUUUGGUUGAAGGUCUCAAAAA